UUGAACGAAGCCGAAGACAAUACCCAAAGUUGGAAUAAAUCACCAUUUUUCGAAUUUAUUGAGAAAACAAUUGUUCGUCGUAUGGAAUACCUUUUGGAGCGGACGAGUUACAUGGAGGAGAUGCGAAAGGCCAAGAAUAACAUGAUGCACGUACAGGUUGUAUAGAAUCUAAAUGAACAGAGACACGAAAGGGAAUGUGAAGAUGCCUAUAAUGUUUUGGAAAAACUUAUACUCCCCCCACAAACUAAAGUACUUUUGGCUCAAACACACACCGCCACUGUCUUCAUAUAAAGUUUUAAACGACUUACCUGUUAACUCUCUCAAGAGGCAAAUGUAUGAAAACAGCGAAAAAAGGCAUGCAAUAAUUAUGCAGCUGAAUGAUGGCAAGUGGGACACGAAAUUAUUUGAAGGCGUUAAUAAUGAACUCAUUCUUAAAAAUAUCGCUGAGUUGAGUGCUUUGGAAAAAAAUCUUUGGAAUUUGUAUAACAAAGUAGAACAAGAAGAAACAUCUCUAUUAACAAAAUAUACGCUAGCCUCAAAUGAGUUCUAUGAAGCUGAAAGAAUGUAUAGAAAAAUUUUGAAUGUGGGUUGGGUUUUUACAUCCCUUGUUACCUCGCUGCUGGGAUUUAUAGUGUCCAACCUCUGGUUGUUUUACCAUCAAUCGAAAGCACCUUCAAGCGAACUGCCCAAAUUUGAAAUAAAAGAAGAGAAAAACAACCAGGAUUCUUGGACAAGUUAUUUACACCGAAAUCUUCGCUGGACAUAUAGUUGGACAGAAAGAUUUAAUAAAUAAAUUGAAUAUUUUUACGUUAUUGCUGAAUAAACGAAAUAAAUAAAAAACAAA